AUGGAAGCAGAGAACCAGACACAAGUCACCGAAUUCGUUCUGGUGGGGUUCCCCGGGAACUGGGGCGUGCGUGUAGCCCUGUUUCUGAUGUUCCUUGGUGCCUAUGUUCUGACAGUGGUGGAAAACGUUGUCAUCAUCCUGUUGGUGCAGCAGAGCCGGACACUGCACAAGCCCAUGUACUUCUUCCUGGCCAACCUGUCCUUCUUGGAGACCUGGUACAUCUCCGUGACUGCACCCAAGUUGCUGUUUAGUUUUUGGUCUGCGAGCAGCAGCAUUCCCUUUACUCACUGUAUGAUCCAGCUUUACUUCUUCAUCGCGCUCAUGUGCACUGAAUGUGUGCUCCUCGCUGCCAUGGCCUAUGACCGGUAUGUGGCCAUCUGCCGUCCGCUCCACUACCCGACUGUCAUGAGCCACCGGCUCUGCUUCUGUCUGGCUCUUGGUUGCUGGGCCACUGGCUUUGGUAUCUCCUUGGCUAAGAUCUACUUCAUCUCUCACCUCAGCUUCUGUGGUCCCAAUGUCAUCAACCACUUCUUUUGUGACAUCUCUCCGGUCCUCAAUCUCUCCUGUACAGACAUGUCCAAGGCUGAGUUGGUGGACUUUGUCCUGGCACUGCUCAUUUUCCUCUUCCCCCUCUCCGUCACUGUGCUGUCUUACGGAUGCAUUCUGGCCACUGUUCUACGCAUGCCCACGGGAAAGCAGAAAGCAUUCUCUACUUGCGCCUCCCACCUCGUGGUGGUCACCAUCUUCUAUUCAGCCACUAUUUUCAUGUAUGCCCGUCCCCGAGCCAUCCAUGCCUUCAACAUGAACAAAGUUAUUUCCAUCUUCUAUGCCAUUGUCACCCCUGCUCUCAACCCUUUCAUUUAUUGCUUACGGAACCGAGAGGUCAAAGAAGCUCUGAAGAAACUGGCCUAUUGCCAGGCCAUCUGA